AUGCUGCACUACUGGGACCUGACAGCAAAAAAUAGCAGCUGGGGACCCAAAAUAACACAGGAAAAUGCCUCGAUGGUGUCUGCUCACACACUCCUCUUCUCCCUGGAUUACCAGCAUGUGCAAAUUCCUUUUGAGAUCACACUCUGGAUUAUGUUAGCCUCUCUGGCAAAGACAGGAUUUCACCUCUAUAAUAAGUUACCCACAGUUGUACCUGAAAGCUGCCUCUUGAUAUUUGUAGGUCUCAUCAUGGGGGGACUAAUUUACAGUUUAAAUGACAAAUCCCCACCAGUCAUGAGCAGUGAUAUAUUUUUCUUGUAUUUACUUCCACCAAUAGUCCUUGAUGCAGGAUAUUUUAUGCCUAGUUGGCCAUUUUUUGAAAACAUAGGGACCAUUCUGUCAUAUGCUAUAGUUGGAACCAUGUGGAAUGCAUUUGGGAUAGGCCUUUCCCUCUAUGGCAUAUGUCAGGUGAAGUACUUCAAACUUCAAGAUGUGUCAUUGCUUCAUAACUUUUGGUUUGGUAGUUUGAUUGCUGCAGUAGAUCCCGUGGCUGUACUCUCUGUAUUGGAAGAAAUUCAUGUGAAUGAAAAGCUUCAUAUUUUGGUGUUUGGAGAAUCCCUCCUUAAUGAUGCUGUUACUGUUGUGCUCUAUAAGUUGUUCAAAUCUUUCUCUGAAAUGCCAUCUAUCAAACCAUUGGAUAUUUUGGCUGGGAUAGGAAAAUAUUUUUUGGUUGGAAUAGGAGGCAUUUUCAUUGGGCUCCUGUUUGGCAUGGUUGCUGCCUUUACCACACGCUUUACCAAGACCAGCCGGGUCAUCGAACCUCUCUUUAUCUUAUAUAGCUAUCUUUCCUACCUGACAGCUGAAAUGUUCCAUCUCUCAGGGAUUAAAGUGGCCAUAAGAAAGGACAAAUUUAUUAUAGCCUAUGGAGGACUGAGGGGAGCAAUCUGUUUCUCCCUUGUUUUUCUGCUCCCAGAGUUUUCCAGAAAGAAGUUCUUCAUUGCAGCAAUCACAGUUGUUAUCCUCUUUACCGUUAUUGUUCAGGGGAUAACCAUUCAUCCUCUUGUUGACUUAUUAGAUGUGACUAGAAGAGAGACCUCUCCAACUGUGAGCAAACAAAUUUUCAUUCGGUUAUUUGAUAAUUUGCUGGCUGGCAUAGAAGACAUAUCGGGACACUGGGGACAAUAUUACUGGAAAGACAAACUGGAGUAUUUCAACAGCAAGUAUCUGCAGAAGAUUUUGCUCAGAUAAUAUGACCAGCCCAAAUCAAGCAUUGUGCUUCUUUAUGAAAAGCUUGAAAGAAAACAUGCCAUUGAGCUAGCAGAAGCAGGCCAGUUAAUAUACACACCAUCUAGUACAUCUUUUCUCCACAGUCAUGGAACAGCCAAGUCAGCCCCAUCCCCAACGCCUCUGGAUCAAGAUCUUAUGGAUAAUAUUCAAGAAAUACUGACCACAAACCUUUAUAAAAUCAAAGGAGUUUGCAGUGCAUUACAUGAUGUCCAAGAGCCCUAA